GUGUGAGUGAUCAGCUCAACAACUGGAUGGAAUCAAAAGAAUGGAUUUCUGGCCAUCAUUUAGUAMGGGCUCCAUUCGGUCAACACCAAUUAGAUUUCCAACGGAUGUGCCGAAGGGUCUCAGGUCGUUCCGUGGGCCUUGUACUGGGGGCUGGUGGUGCUCGAGGCAUAGCUCAUUUAGGUAUGUAUCAAAUUGUUCGGUUGAAACUGAUGACACCAAAAAUUUUGUUUUCUCAAAAUUGAUUUUUGAUCAGGUGUCAUUCGUGCAUUGAAAGAAGCCGGAGUUACAGUCGACAUCGUUGGUGGGACCUCACAAGGGGCCUUUUGCGGGGCCUUAUUCGCUAGGUAUCCAGAUAACUAUGACCAGGUAUUAAGUUCUUGUAGAGUCAUGGCAGAAGAUGCUGCAUCGAUGAAAGAAAAGUUGCUCGACUUGACUCUGCCAAUGGCAAGCAUGUUCGCAGGGCGAAGAUUCAACAGAGGUAUCAAGAAGUUAUUGGGURAAUUGAGAAUUCAAGAUUUAGUGCUGAACUUUUUCUGUGUUUCAGUAGAUCUGCAAAAUCAGUCUACUGUAAUCCACACGAAAGGUCAGCUUUGGAAAAAUGUUCGGGCUAGCAUGGGUUUGACUGGUUAUCUACCUCCCAUCGCAGAAAAUGGAUCGUUGCUAGUAGAUGGUGGAUAUUUGAAUAGUCUUCCAGCAGAUGUGAUGAAAUACCAAAUGGGAGCUCGUGCAGUGAUUGCAGUCGAUGUAUCACAAGAAUGUAAAAGAGAAUAUUUUGAGUACGGUACGCAUUUGAGUGGUUGGUGGCUUCUUUGGAAUAGUUGGAAUCCUUUCGUAAAAACAGUGCAAGUCCCCUCAAUGGGAGAUAUCCAAGAUAUGUUGAUCUGGGUCUCCUCAGAACAGCAUCGAAAGUCAGUGAAGAUUGUUAGUGAUCUGUAUUUGACCCCACCUAUUCAAGACGUAGGUAAGCCACUUUGAACAGUGGGUGUUUUUUUUUCUGUUUUGUUUCGUACAUGUACCUCAUGAAAAUAAACUCYUCUUGAUUAACUUUUUUGUAGGAACUCUUGAAUACGAUAGAUUUGAUGAAAUUGUGGAAAAGAGCUAUUUGUAUUCGAAACCGAUUGUGGAUGAAUGGGUUCAAAAACAUCCUUGGCUUGUCUCAUCGCGCAAUAAGGUUGUAUAGKURCUUCGCAUACUUGUUGUCAGCCUUCAGGAUAAUGAUUUUCAGGAACUUAAAAAAUCAGAMGACUACGGCAGGUAUCGAAUUCGGUGCAUAGUUAGACCAACAYCUURCCAUUACUCAAUUUAGUUCGCAUGAAGAUAAACAUAUCGCAAUUGA